GUGGACUACAGCGCGAUCGCGGAAGAGGUGUAUGCGUUCGCGGCGGGCACAGACCCGCUCGCGGGCCCGGUCAAGGAGGCGUUGGUCGUGAUCGACGACGCGCUCGACACCUGGGGACAGGACCGCAUCUCGCUGAGCUUCAACGGGGGCAAGGACUGCACCGUCCUCCUGCACCUCGUCGCGGCCGCCCUCGGCCGGCGCACGCCCGCGGCCGCGGCCCGCAAGCCCCUCGCCGCGGUGUACAUCCCCGUGCCGUCGCCCUUCCCCGAGCUCGAGGCGUUCAUCGCCGCCGCGGCGCGCGCGUACGCCCUCGCCCUCUUCCGCUGCGCGCCCCCCGCCGGUUCCGCGCUGCCCGUCGAGUCCGUCCCCACCCCCGGGGCGGCCGGGGCGCCGCCCGCGGAGCGCCCCGCGCACGUCAAGGGCGGGGAGGGCAUGCGGCGGGCGCUCGAGAUGUACAAGGCGCGCUUCCCGGCGGUGGAGGCGAUCGUUAUCGGGACGAGGAGGGGCGACCCGCAUGGCGGUGAGCUGGGUUUCCGGAACCCGACAGACGACGGCUGGCCGCGCUUCGUGCGCGUGAACCCGAUCAUCAACUGGGCCUACGCCGACGUCUGGGCGUACCUCAAGCGCUUCCGCAUACCGUACUGCUCGCUCUACGACCAAGGAUACACUUCGCUCGGCUCGACCUACAACACGUUUCCGAACCCUGCCCUGCGCGCGGCGAACGGGCGCGCGGCCUCCCCUGCGCCCUCGUCGUCUUCGCCACCACAACUAUCAUCACCGCCAUCAUCAUCAUCAUCAUCAUCAUCAUCAUCAUCAUCGCAGCAGGCCUCGCGGUUGAACGGGAACGGGAACUCGAAUGGGAACUCGAAUGGGAACAGGGCGGGGGGAUGUACGUGCCAGGCGAAGCCGUACCGGCCUGCGUACGAGCUGCAGGACGGGAGCUUGGAGCGGGCGGGGCGGGGGAGC